AUGAAGAUGGACUGGUGCGUGGCGUCGCGGAGUGCGGCGGGCGAGGCGAAGCACUGGGACAUCCGCGAGUUCUUAGAUAUCCCCGAGGUGCAGUCCGUGCGGGAGUUGGAGGCGCAUGGCGAGCGGGGCAGGUACUUGCUGGCCACCACCGAUGGACAGGCUGCGGCGGUCAAGGUGGAAGUUCCCGCGAGGGUGGGCUGCCAGGUUCAGCGGCGCAGCGCAGACUGGACAUGGGGAGACCAGGACGGAGGUCCUGGGAAGUUUGGGAAGCUUCUCGGAGACGACUCGACUUCUCCUGGAUGGGUACGCGUGCAGUGGGACAACGGCGCGACGAAUACCUGCAGGGCCGGUGCUGAGGGCAAGUGGGACUUGGACUACGUGGACGCUGGCGCAGAAACGAAGAAGUACCUGCUGCUGAGCCUCUCCUUGCUCACAAGGCUACGUGGCCCUACUGUGAAGUCUCCGCCAAUGCAGCUGAACUUUUUCGAGCUGCUGAGGUCGAGCUUGGGCGACCCCCAGUUCCAGGACGUCUGGUUGAUUCCAGAGGCGCCACACUUCCACGAAGUAGCGCUCGGCCUCGACAGGCAGAAGGAGAUUCGGCCGCCGGCCAGCCUCGCGCGCAUCCUGCGGCCGUACCAGGUCUCUGGAUUCCAGUGGCUCGCGGCGCUGGCGCGCAACGGGCUCGGGGCGAUCCUUGCGGACGACAUGGGUCUCGGGAAAACAAUUCAGGCGAUCACCAUGCUGGUGCACCUCUACGACAACGGCUUGCUCGCUGACGAGGCUGGGGUGCGCCGUCCUGGGCUCGUGGUUGUACCGCCCGGGCUGUUGCGCAAUUGGCAGCAGGAAUUCCAGCAAUGGGCUCCGCAGCUGGAGAUCUAUUUGUACCAUGGCCCAAAGCGGGAGCUUCCCCGCAGCAGCGUGGACGUCAUGCUCACCACCUACCACAUGGUGAGGAACGACGUAUCCACCUUGUGCGAUCGUGCCCGCAUCACUUUCUCGUGCAUGGUGAUCGACGAGGCCCAGUGCAUCAAGAACCACGGCACGAAGCUCACCAAGGCCGUGAAAGAGGUUGGCAACUGCAUUGGGCACACCCGUAUCGCGCUGUCGGGGACGCCCAUAGAGAACAAGGUGGACGAGCUCCAUUCGCUUUUCGACUUCACAAUGUACGGGUACCUCGGUGACCAGCAUCGAUUCUCGAGAGAAUUCUCGAAGGUUAUCGAACAGGGUAGGAACCCCGCGAAACGCCAAGAAGUGCUGGCCCUCCUGAAGACGCUCACCAGCCCCUUCCAGAUGCGGCGCCUGAAGACGGAUCCUUCGAUCAGGGUCGGCGCAUUCUGCCUGAUUUGCCCGAGAAGAUCAAUCAGCUGCAGAAGGUGGAGAUGA